AUGGACACUGUGGAGGGAGCUGCAGUCAGUCCUGAGGUGCCCCAGGAACUUCUGGAAGAAAUGAUUUGGGUUUUUCGUGUAGAAGAUGCGGCUCCUUGGAAUUAUUCCAUGCUGGUUCUGGCAAUCCUGGUGACAGCGAUAAGCAUGUUCCUCCUGAGACGGAGCAUCCUGGCAAACAGAAACCGCAAGAAGCAGUCCCAAGACAAAGAAACACCAGAAACGCUGCACCUAGACGAUUCCAGAAUGAAAGAAAACAGCAGCCUGAGCCAGCUAAAAGAGACACUGAUCUCAGAGAAGCCAGACUUGCCCCUGGGGGAAACUGAUCUGAAUGAGAAAGAUGCAGCGCAGGUCUUCUUUCUACCCGACCCACAGGAAACUGAGAGCUAG